AUGUCCUCAGCAUACGGAAAGAUUCUAACGUCUACCUCAACUACAUCUACUUCUCUCUCUUCUAUCCUUCCAAUUACAACAACACUUCAAACAAUAAAUACAACGGUAACCAUAUUACCUCUAGACAUUCAUUCCUCAAAUGACUUCACGACCCUUAUCUCUCACAUGCAUAAUGUAUUUAAUGAAAUAAUUAAAGAAGGGAACACUUACCCACAGGAAUUUCCCUUUUCUCUUGAUGAAUUCAUUAAUUAUUUUUUAAGUUAUGAUGCAUUUAUUGCGUUAAAAGAUGACGUUAAAGAAUUGGAUAAGGUAAUGGUUAAUGAAAAAAUUGUGUGGGAUGACAAAUUGCUUGGGAUGUUUUACAUCAAACCAAAUUAUCCGGGACGAUGUAGUCAUAUUUGUAAUGCAGGUUUUGUGGUUCCAAAACGACAUCGUGGGAAACGAGUAGGAAAAUUAAUGGUUCAAUCUUUUCUAAAGGUUGCUCCUUUAUUAGGUUACAAAUCUUCUAUAUUUAAUCUAGUAUUUGAAAAUAAUGUAGCCUCGAUAAAAUUAUGGAGAGAAUUUAAAUUUAAAGAAAUUGGUAGAAUACCCAAUGCUGGUCGUUUAAAAAAAGUUGGUGGUAAUGAAGGAGAAGAAGAAUUCGUGGAUGCUAUUAUGUUUUAUUAUGAUUUUGAAAAGAUUAAUGAUUGA